UUUUCACUCUUGCACGUCGUGUCUCUCAACCCCAGCAUGGAAUCCAUCUACAUUCUUCAUGUGGAGCUACUGGGAUUCGAGAAAAGGUUCUUCCCCAGCCAGCACCAUGUAUACAUGUUAUUGAUCAAAUGGAGCGACCUGUCAGAGAAGUUGAUUUACAGAAAAUACCCAGAGAUCCACACCUUUCAUAAAUCUCUGAAAGAGAUGUUCCCAAUUGAGGCCGGGGACAUCGAUGCCAAAGACAGGAUCAUCCCUUCCCUCCCAGCACCGAAGUGGUUCGACAAUCAGAAGACAACGGAAACGAGGCAGGGCACGCUGGCAGAGUACUGCCGUGACCUCGUCGCUCUGCCUCCGAAGAUCUCCCGCUCCCAGCUGGUGCGAAACUUCUUCCAGGUCCGACCUGAGGACGAGACCCCGCCCGCCCCACACCCGUAUAAAAAAAAUGAAACCUAUGUGAUGUCAAAGGACAGAGCCAGAGACAACAAAUCAGAGAUUACAGGUCCUAUUAUGCUGGAGACAUACAGAGUCAUCGCAGACUACAAGCACAGCUCUAAGCAUGAGCUCAGUCUGGAAGUGGGAGCCUUGGUGGAUAUUGUUGAAAAGACAUCUAACGGUUGGUGGUUCUGCCAGUGUGACUCGCGGCAGGGCUGGGUGCCCGCUUCCUACCUGGAGCCCCUGGAGGGGCCCGAAGAGGCCGAGGAGCCAGACCCCAACUAUGAAGGGGAGCUGUACAUCACCACUAAAGUCUACAACGCAGUGGAGGAUGACGAGCUGACUCUCGUUGUCGGGGAGACCGUAGAGGUCAUUCACAAACUGCUGGACGGCUGGUGGGUGGUCAGAAAGGGAGAGCUGACGGGACACUACCCCUCCAUGUUCCUGCUGAAAACUGGAGAGAAGAAAGGGCCAGGAAAUGAGAAGGGAGUUUUGAGGAGAGAGACACCGCCACCCAGGAGGUCCACAAUUCGCAAUGCCCAGAGUAUCCAUGCAAAGGGACGCAAGAAGAUCACCCAAGACACCUACCGCAGGAACAGCCGACGCUAUCUGCAGCAGCGCGGCCAACGCUCUGGCAGGGCCUCCACACAGCCCCCCCUGCUGGAACGGAAGAACAACAGCGAAAACAUCGCUCCCAAGACCGUGGCUACGAAGCCGAAGGAGGACCUCCCGGCGAUCCCUCCGCGUCCAAGUCCAGAGCUCAUUCUGGAGCGCUGCACGGAAGACACAUGCAAGAGGAUCAGCAUCCGGAAAGCAGCUGAGACUGAGAUCACCUCAUAGAAGGCUACUUCUAGUCCCCCCACAACUUUCAGAUCCUUUACAGAGCCCUUGUCUCAUAUGUUUGAGCCUAUAAGUACUUUUGCGCAACAUUAGGCAAUCCAGCGUUUACACAGCUUGUAUGUAGAUGUAUAUAUUUUUUCAAAGUAAUACUUGUGUAGGGUAAAGCUCAUUUGCAGUGAACAGGGCCUGUCGUUGUAGUAGGCUUACUAUCAUUUCCAGGAGCAAGGAAGGCUUUCCGCUGAAAAUGUAUUUAAAUAAAGCAAAUAAUAAUCUUUGAAUAAGCUAAUUCCUGCAGUAUAGGACCCUGUGGAAAUACUACUGUUUACAAAAUGUAAUUCUUUAUGAAUUGCAAUUCAUUUGUUUUAUUAAUGCCCUCUGUUGCUUACAUUUGAAAUAAAAAUGAUGUUCAGCA